AUGCCCGCCUCGGGCUCCUCAACGCCCUCAACGCCCUCGCCCGACAAGAUCUCCGUCACGCCGACGCGUCUCUCCCCCGGCGACAAGGAUGAGGACUCGCCCAACAAGGACGAGGUCACGCUGCCCCGCGGCUGCAAGCUUGAGCUCAACUUCGAGAGCGGGCGGCUGCUCCUCAAAAAGCGCAAGAAGCAUGAAUUGCAGUGGCCCAUGGGCGAGCUGACGCGCAUCGAGGUGACGCACUCGGCGAGUGCCGGCGAGCCGUGCCUCAAAUUCAUGCUCGGCUCGAACGUCGAGCACCAGCAAAAGGCGCCGCCCGCCGAUGUCGAGCUGCUCGAUGCAUACCACCGCGGCGCGCUGCGGCGAGGCACGAAGGUCCUCUUCAUGACCGCCGCGGAUGCGAAGCAGCUGUACGCGGCUCUGCGCGCGCACAAGGACGCCGGCGCCGCGUGCCUCGCCGACGCGCACGUGUGCGACUCGGAGCUGCUCGACGCGGCCGCCACCCUCGGCCGCCUCUCGCUCGGUGGCGACGCGCCGCCGAGCGGCGCGCCGCCGAGCGGCGCCGACGUGUCGCGUCAGGCGAGCGACGCGACGAGCGUCGCCUCGUGCGCGACCAGCGGCGGCGGCGCGCCGCGCGAGGCGCUUAUCUUCGUCUGCAGCCCGACGCAGCAGAGCCUGCAUCUGCCACACGCCAAGGACGAGGCGAUCGACGUGGCCAACGAGGUGACGGCGCGCAUCCGGCGCGGCGGCUCGCCGACGGACCUCAAGCAGGAGCUGCUCGACGGCCACGGCGCGUACAAGUACUUCCUCUUUUCGGGCCAUGGCGACGUGCGGCUGCCGCCCGUGCGAUCCGCCGCCGCCGCCGCCGCCGCCGCGCCGGCGGCCGCGAGCGAGGCGGCGAAGGACGCGAGCGAGGCGCGCGAGGCGAGCCGCACCGUCACGCUCGGCUUCACCAACACGGCGACGGGGCAGCUCGAGCUGACGCUGCCGACGACGCUCGCGGCCAUGCUCGCCUCGCACGGCCUGCAGCUCGUCUUCCUCAACGGCUGCGACACGGCCAGCCUCGGCGCGCAGCUCCGGCAGCGCGGCGUGCCGCACGUCGUCUGCUGGCGGACCAAGGCGGCCGACGCGGCGUCGCGCACGUCGCGCGCGCCUUCUUCGCCGCCCUCGCCAAGGGGCGCAGCGUGGGCGAGGCGUAUGGCGACGCGACGCAGUCGGCCUCCGACCACACUCAUCGCGGCGCAGCGACUCCACGCGACGGCGCUCGCCGUGGCGCCGGUGCCAGGCGUGCGCUCCUCUCACGCGCCAACGCUUCUUCAGCCAAGAUCGGGUCGCAACUUUCGACCGGUGGACUUUGGAGCGGACCCAACAGGCAGGCUCGACUCGACGAGAGCGCUGCAGGCAGCGUUGAACGCGCUCCUGUCGGUGGGUAGUCUCAAAACUGCCGCCUCGAAACUGGCAUCAAACAUCACAGACCUCGGCGGCGCGACGCUGGAGCUCGAGGGCGAGUUCCUCAUUUCGCAGCCGCUUCUCGUCCCAGCCUUCUUUGGGAACUUCUACAUCAUGCGCGGCACGCUGCGCGCCUCCUCGUCGUUCCCCCGCAACGGUGUGCUCCUCACCGUUGGCAGUGUCGACUGCCAUCCGUUCGACGCGCGCGGGCUCCCCGAUGGCCAGAAGAGCUGCAAUGAGUUUGUCAACGUGCGGGAGGUCUACUUUGACGCGGCGCACGUCGCUGCGGGCGGCCUGCUCGUGGCGUGCACGAUGGGCGCCACCGUGGCCGACGCCUUUUUCUAUGGCUUCCGCCGCUUCGGCCUGCGCCUGGCGGGCGGGCACGAGGGGCUCAUAACGCAGGUGUGGGCGGCGGAGUACUUCUGGUCGGAGGCGCUGCUGCCGUCGGUGAUCGUCGCGAGGCUCAACUCGACGUCGGUGGGCGUUGUCGUCGACUCGAUCGACAACGUGCUUUCCGACGUCAUCGUGUUCGCGUACACGCAGACGGGCGUGACGGUCGACGGCUGCUGCAACACGCUGAGCGGAGUGCACGUGUGGAAUAAUGCGCUCGCGGGCGGCAUCGUCGUCGGCGGCUCCGUCUUCUCUCCGCAGACGCGGCUGCGCAGCUGCUACCUGGACUUCAACCACCUGAUCGUGCACGCGCCUUCGAGCCUCACGGUCGAGUCCUCCUUCUUCCUCAACGCGCACGUCGAGCUGCGCGCGGCGGCGGAGGGCGCGGAGCAGGCCGAGGGCGACGGCGGGGCGUCGCUCGACAACGUGAUCAUCCGCGACAAUCUCUUCGCCGCAAAGAGCACGGGCGGCUACGCGUCGGUGAAGCUCAGCGGCUCGUUCGUUGGCGGCCGGCGCACACUCAUCGACGACUCGGCGAGCAGCGUGCAGGACGCGGCGUGGCCGGCGCUGCAGCCUCCGCGCCUCAAGGCGACGCGCGCGUCGAGGACGCUCCACCUCGUCGGCGCGCGGCGGUGGGCGUUCGACUUUGCCGACGAGCUGCUGCUGCCGGAGAUCGACCGCCUCUCCUACACGCUCGUCACCGACGACGAGAGCAGUUUCGUCCGCCACGUCGCCCGCCGACCCAUCGGCACCACCGCCAUCGUCGAGACCGACGCCAACGUCAGCGCCACUGUCACCAUCUCCGUGGUCCAGGCGGACGGCGGCAGCAUGUGGCCGCGCCGCGCGCCACCGGCGCAGCAGCACCGGCCGGAGCGAGACGGCCGGGCUCGAACUUAG